GAUAUUGUGGAAAACGCCGCCUACUUGGAUUCAGACCUGCAGGCAAUGAGACAGCAAGACUAUCAGCUGGACAGUGGAGUUUUAAAGCCCCGGAGAGGCGACGAGACAGUCAACAUUCGCGGUGAAUCUGGCGUGAUUUCCAAGGGCAAACGUGCUCAGGAUGGUCUUUCAGAAAAAACAAUUCGCAACCAAAAUAAUUCAGUAGAUUUCACUAUACGGUUUUCAUGCUCAAUGCUGGCAACUGCUGUUUUUACCAACGCAAAUUCUGAACAGGAUAUCUGCCGGGAGAAUGGCUGCAAGGGCGGUGAUACACUUCCGCUUAUGGGUAAGGGUUACGCAAGGGCGAACAUGUUGAAGGCAAUGCGAAUCUGGGAAAAUGGCACAUGUCUCAGUUUUGUCGAACGCGAGCCCGACCGAGCCUCGGCUUACAUUCUUUUCACGGUUAAGCCCUUCACGGGCUCUCUGCAGUAG